CGGAGCGCGCGAGACACGGGGAGACUAUGAGCACGCGCAUUCCGCCGCAUGCGUCCUCAAGCCGCGCCGCAGACGUCCACGUGAGGGACUCGCACUGCCAGUGGCGCGUCCUCAGUCCGGUGGGCCGAGUUUUCAGCCGCACGGGCAGUUGAAGGUUCCACGCUCGGAGCGUGUAUUUUCUCCCACUUUUAGCCAAGUUGUGAUAAAAGAGGAACUUUUUAUUUUUUUGUGUUUUUUUUGCUUGUGUGAACUGAAAAGAACAAAAAGUGUUUUGGUGCUUUUACGCGCCUUUUACGCGCGGUUUACGCACACGGAUGGUGCAGCAGCAGACGCUCUCCCCGGCCGGGGACUCCACGGACACCGGGGAGAUGGACCUGGACAUGGACGUGUCCCCCACCCCGGCGGGGCGCAACGACCUGGCCUGGUGCAAGACCCCCACGGGCCACAUCAAGAGACCCAUGAACGCCUUCAUGGUGUGGUCGCAGAUCGAGCGGCGGAAGAUCAUGGAGCAGUCCCCGGACAUGCACAACGCCGAGAUCUCCAAGCGGCUGGGCAAGCGCUGGAAGCUGCUGAAGGACGCGGACAAGAUCCCCUUCAUCCGGGAGGCGGAGCGGCUGCGGCUCAAGCACAUGGCCGACUACCCGGACUACAAGUACCGGCCCAGGAAGAAGGUGAAGUCCGGGGCGAGCAAGGAGAAGAGCUCGGAGAGGAGCAGCAAAGCCAAAAGGAGCCCCGCGUCCAAAGCCGCCAGCCGGGCGCACAAGCAGAGCAGCAAGCCCGCCGCGCCCAGCCCAGACCCCGCGUCCCCCGGGGACCACCAGACCCUCUUCAAGUCCCGCUCCGCGGCCAGGAUGAUCCCGGAGAAGCGCACCGGACGCGGCUCGGAGUGCGGGCCCCCUUCCGUCGGAGUCCCGGCCAGUCCCACCCUGAGCAGCUCGGCCGAGUCCAGCGACCCUCUGAGCCUGUACGAGGAGUCCAGUCCCGGGGCCAGCGAGUCGUCCCACACGGCGCGCCUGCGCUACUCCUCCCGCGCGUCCUCGCCGACCCCGUCCGCCGCGCACUCCCCCUCUUCCUCCUCCUCCUCCUCCUCCUCCUCCACCUCCUCGGAUGAGGAGUUUGAGGACGAGCGGCUCGACCUGAACCCGAGCCCCGGCGGCUUCGAGGGCGCGUCCCUGCAGGGCGGCGUGCAGGGCUUCUCGGAGGCGGAUCUGGACCGGGACUUGGACUGGAGCUUCGGGGCGUGCGGCGCCGGCUCCCACUUCGACUUCCCCGACUACUGCACCCGGGAGGUGAGCGAGAUGAUCUCAGGGGACUGGCUGGAGUCCACCAUCUCCAACCUGGUCUUCACCUACUGACGAGCACCUGGCCAAGGUGCGCGCAAUAUGUUCGCGCAUUCGGAGUGAAUGUACGCAGAAGGACUCCUUUGAAAGAGCCGGAAACUGAACUUGAACUGGGAAGACGCUCCAGGUGUGAUCCAGGUGUCUCCGCCCCACAAGUACUUCAAUGCGCAUGCGCUCCCGGAUGAGGAGGAUUUUAUUGUCGUUUCAUGUUCAUUGCUGCGUAAUUACGCAAUGUGAGACCUUUUUUGUUCCUCUUCUUCUUUAUUGGACACAAAAUUCACGACCACCAGCUUUCUCUUUCAACGGCAGGACUUUCAAAAUAAAACUCAGUGCACAAUUCAGGACCAACGCUUCCCCCCCCCCCCCCCAAAAAAAAAUCUGCAUCCUUUCUGCCUUUAGUGCUUCGAGUUUGUAGUUCCUGACUCUUUUUUUUUUUUUUAUAUCUCGAUGUAUUUAUACCGGCCAAAAUGUUUUGAUACAUAUAGAAGUAUUGUUCUCGUGCAUGCUUCUUUUUUUUUUUUUUGGUUGUGUUUGUGUGCACACACACUUUGUCUGUAAUCCAGCGCGGAAGGGCUAGAAAGUGUCUCUUAUUUCAAGCGUCUCACUUUUUGGAGCGCGUCAUGAUUUUUUUACUUGUAUUUUUGUACAAAAUCUAUAGAAAGUUUGAGGAGGGCGGUGAGGUCUGUAGUCGCCUCCGUCUUUGGAUGUGCAGAAAUGUCGGGGGAUGGUUGGCACAAUCUGACCUCACACAGUGUUUACAGUAUUUUUUAGCCACGUGCUUCUUAAUGGCGGCAGCCUAGUACACACCACUCACCACCAGUCUGAGCGGUGCCUCCCAGACGACAACAACAACAACAACAACAACAUGGCCCCCCGGGGUGACACUAACACCUCUCUGUGCUUUUCUGAAGUUUUAUUUCCAAACCACUGGAUGGAAUCUCAUACGCUCAUUCCACUUUGCCUACAGGAGGGAAGGAGGUGCAAGAAGUGCUUCAUCGGUUCCAAAAUGAACAAGUUGGCUAUCUUAAGUCUAGCAAACAACUGCUUGUGUAUUUUUGUUUUGUUUUGUUUUUGUUUUUAAUGGCAUGGCAAACUAGCAUUUGUAUUUCAGAUUCAGGUAUAUGUAGCUAUAGCUGUUGUGUUUAAGAUUUUUAAAAGAAUAAUAACAUGAAGAUAUUUAUGUAAACUGACUGUAUUAUAAGCAAAGAUUGUGUGUUUUUUUUUUUUAAACGACAGGCACUAGGACGGCCAUCUUUGGACACCUUGAAGAAGAUGAUUGUUGUCGGGGAGUUUUUCUCUUUUUCAAGACUUUUUAUUUUAUUUUUUUCAUUUGUGCAAUAUGCUGUGUAUGACCAUGUUUUGUCCGAUCAUGCCAAUAUCCUUUUGAUGUUUAUAACUUAGAAGAAAGAAAAAAAAACAGCCAAUGUUUUUGGGUCAAUCACUGCCUCUCAGACCUCUGUACAGAUUGUUGUUUUUAUUUGUAUUUCUUUUCCUCCGAGAAGGAAAUAAAAUCAGCUGGAACUGAAAA